GGGGCAACGCGGCUGAUAACCAGACGCCUUCUCGCUAAGAUGAGCCAGGGGCAGCAGAGGAGGCCGUCGUCUGACCAAGCCCAGGCGGACGGCGGCGGGCAGAGCCAGGAACAGGGAGGAGGCGCCGUCCGCUACGGCGACGUGUUCCUGGCCGUGACCGGCGGCCUCGCGGAGAAGCCCGUGGCGCCGCAGGACGCGGCCACGAUGCAGUCGGCGGAGAACCUCGUGUUCGGGGAGACGAUCAAGGGCGGGCCGGCGGCCACCAUGCAGUCCGCGGCCAUGCGGAACGAGCGCAUGGGCGUCGUCGGCCACGACCAGGCCACGGACGCCACAGCCGAGCAGGGCGUCACCGUGUCCGAGACCCGCGUCCCCGGCGGACGCAUCGUCACCGAGUUCGUCGCCGGGCAGGUCGUCAGCCAGUACCUCGCGCCGGAUGGUGCCGACCCUGCUAGGGGAGCCGCUGGCGACGAUACGAAGAUGACAAUCGGUGAGGCGCUGGAGGCGGCAGGUUAUGCUGCAGGAGACAGGCCGGUGGAGCACAGCGACGCGGCGGCCAUCCAGGCGGCCAAAGUGAGAGCCACCGGGCAGGACGUCUAUAUCCCCGGGGAUCUGGCCGCGCAGGCGCAGUCGGCCGCCGACGCCAACCUCUGGGCCGCGCGCGACGAGGAGAAGGCCAAGCUCGGUGACGUGCUCUCGAAUGCGACGGCGAAGCUGGUUGCCCACAAGGAGCGGAAUGCGACGGCGAAGCUGGUUGCGGACAAGGAGGUGGAGUCCGACGACGCGGCGAGGGUGGCCUCGGCGGAGACCCGAAACAAGGACGACAAGACGGUGAGGCCGGGAGGGAUAGCGGCGUCCGUGGCUGCGGCCGCGCGGCUCAACAAGCAGGACGCAUAGGCAGGCCUCUGCCGUGCCAGUGGUUUGCGGGUGCCGGCCGCCGGCCGCUCGAGUUUAGCGUGUCCUUUCGCAUGAAGGAUCACUCUCCUUCGUGCCAGCGUCUAGUUCUCGCGCUUCUAGCAUACCAGCGUCUUAGUUUCUGUAGUUCUAGUGCUUCUAGCUUAGUUGAAGUG